CCCAGUUUCUCACUCUCUCUCUCUCUCUCUGACAUUUUGACAGCUGCUGGUUUCCAAUUUUAGACACAAAUCCAGGGGGAGGGGACGAGUGAGGGUCGUGCGUGAAGCCUGUGCACAAGGCCUCUUUCUCUCUCUUUCUUUCUCUCAUUCUCUUUCUCGCUUUCCUCUUUCGCUCAUUUUUCCUCUCCUGCUGACUUGUUCUCUCUCUUGCUAUCCCUCUUAGUUGCUUUUGGCGAACACUCACUCUCGCUGUGUCCAUGUGUUUAGCUCUCGCUCUCUUACAUUCACUCGCUGUCUGUUCCUAUCUCUGUAAAAGUUGUUCUCACUCUCUCUCUCUCUCUCUGUCCUUCUCUCUCUUUCUCUGUGUCUAGAUGAAGCUGUUACACUCUGCUCUGUGUGUAGUGACUGACCAGACGGCAGCUGUACUGAGCCACUGGUUUGUCAGGAGAUACUUCCAGCUCUGGCUGGCUCUCCUCGUCACCUUCACCCCGCUCCUGGGGGACUUGAUCAGCCCCAGAGUGGUGUUUGCCAAACCUCGCAACUACUUCAACGUGCGUCUGGUUGACUCAGCCUGGAGUUGGACGUGUGUCCUGACCGGUGGCCACCUGCUGCUCACCUCCUACCUGUCCUCUGGGAGUUUGCUCACCACACUGAGACACCAGAGCCGGCUGCUGGCUGGCACUGUCCUCAGUGUGGCUUGCCUGCGAACCUUCAUCCUCAUAGAGACUGUCACCGGCUCUUGCUUUCACCAGACCCCAGAAGGACUGUUACUCAUCGAGCUGGCCGAUCGGCCCUUCUGCCUCAUGCAAGGCUUUCUUUGGAAAGGCUACAGCAUCUCGUCCCAGUCGUUCCUGCUCACGUACUCCUCCUUGGUCACCUUGGAGGAGCUCUCAAUCCUCAAACUCUACCUAGCCCAUGGCUACCCAGCUAGUGGGGCUUUCCGCCUCACCUUCCUCCUCGCCAGCCUCCUCCUGCCUCUCUGGAGCUUUCUCCUGGUGUCAACCACCCUUUUUUUUCACCACUUUUCUCAGAAGAUCGUCGGGGCGACCUUCGCCCAGCUCUGCUGGUACCUCACCUACAAAGGCUGGUUUCUGUGCCGUUACUCACCGGGCUGCCCUGGGCUGCACCUCCUGAGGCCUGCACGUCAGCCCCUCAGGCAGUCUGGUGUUUCGAAUAACAUGUUGAACAGACUGGCUAUGUGACCAAAAAGGGAUAAAGAAGCAGAGAUUUUGGGGUGGAAUCAGAAGAGCUGAGUUUGGGGAAAGAGUAGCUAACUGCUACCAAUCGCGAGGAAAGAGAUAGACUACAAUCAACUAUUGUUCCUCCACGAAAACCACUGUAUUGGUCUGUUCAACUCAUUGCAGUGAAUUGUACUAAUCUGCUGCAAGCAUUAAUUUGAUUAUAUAAAAUGUAUAAUGUUGAUAUUUAUAACCUUGCUAAUCUUUAUUAAAAUUUACUAAUUGAAGCAA